AUGAAGCUCAUUAUAGCUGGCGCGAGCGGACUCCUAGGCACCGAGAUCUUGAGACAAAGCUUGCAAAUGCGCGAGAUCACUCGGGUCGUUGCUUUGGCUCGCAGACCUGUGCAGCUCGACGAAGGUACCGACUCAUCAAAGCUGAAGAGCGUUGUUAUUCGCGACUAUGGUGAAUACCCCGAUAGUGUGAAGGCCGAGUUUGCUGGAGCAGACGCUUGUAUCUGGACUAUUGCUGUCACACCAUUUCGCACUGGUGGUUUCGAGUUUGCUGAAGUUAAGCGUGUCUGUCAGGACUGCACGAAACUUGGGUUUGAGGCGAUGUACGAGGCUGGACCAGCGCGUACCUUUCGCUUCAUGUACAUAAGUGUGCAGGGAACACCUCGAGAUCCAACAGAGAGACCAAUAAUCAUGGCCGAUUACCAGAUCAUGCGGUGCAACACAGAGUGCAUGGUCCUCAGGUUUCCUACAGGGAAAGAUGGAGUCGAGGUCUGCAUCGCUCAGCCUGGUGUGAUUGCAGAUUCCACUACUUGGUCACGAGCUCUGGUGGCAAACCUUUUCCGUAUCCUGAACCUUUUCGGACGGCCUCUUGCGAAUGUACAACGGAGUGAGCUUGCAGCGGCAAUGCUAAACCAGGUCAUGGAUGGGUUCGAGAAGGAAACUCUCUUGAAUGCCGAUCUUGUUCGAAUUGGACGAAGGGAGCUGAAGUUUCGCAGUUUGCCCCAAGUUUGA